GUCUGGAGUUUGGAGACUGUUGUUCGAUCGACCUCCGGCCGCUCCCGCUUGUAGUAGUAAGAGCAGAGUCGAUCGACGCACAGGCCGGAAAUGCCGACGACCACGGUGGAGGACUUGCCCGCCGACGUGCUGGCCUGCGCGCUGCGCCGCCUCGACGGCCCGUCGCUGGCCGCCGCCAGCUGCGCCACGGCAGGCCUCCGCGCCCUCGCCGCGGACCCGGAGACGUGGCGCGCGCUCUGCCUCGCGCGGUGGCCGUCGCUGGGCCUGGAGACCUCGCUGGAACGCAACGUCCUUGGCUCUCCGGCCGUCUCUCCGCAGCGCCUCUUCGCCGACGCCUUCCCCUUCCCGUCCACCUCCACUUCCACGGAUGCCGCCGCAGCCGAUCAGUGCCUCCCCGGCGAGCUGGUCUCCGCCGUGGACGUCUACCAGAAUGGCGCGCCCCGGCCCCUCUUCUCCCGGGUCGUGGAGACCUCCACGUCGUCCUCGUGGUUCCUGGCCUCGCCCUUCCGCGUGGACGCCGUCGAGUGCAAGGACCCGGCACGGAUGGCCUCGGCCUCGUUCUCGCCGUCGGAGCUGGAGCUGAGCUGGAUCGUGGUCGACCCCCGGAGCGGGCGGGCGGUGAACGUGUCGAGCCGGCGGGCGGUGGCCGUGGACAGGCACUGGUACACGGGCGAGACGCUGGUGCGGUACGCGGUGGUGCUCGGCGGGAGCAAGUUCGAGGCCACGGUCACCUGCUCAGAGGAGGCCGGGUGCCUUAGCCUCAGGGAGGUCAGCCUGAGCGUCGAGGACGCCGACGGCGCGGCGGUGAGCGGCGAAGGCAGCCUGCGGCUUUUGGAGGCCGCGAUGGAGGGGCCGAGGAGCAAAGGAGGGGACAAAGAAAGAGAGGAGGCCAAGAGGAGGUACGAGGAGUUCGUGAGGAGCAAGAGGGGGAGGAAGGAGUCCAAGGCGAGGCGGGAGGUGCUGGUGGACCUGUGCUGCUCCGCCGUCAGCGCCGUCGCCGUGCUCAGCUUCCUCGCCUCCGUCGUGCUCCGGUAGAGUCCGUCAGGCAGGGUCCGGAUAUCUGGGUAACUCGUGAAACAUGUAGUACAACAGUUUUUCCACUAGAAUAUGAGCAAAAAGGUACAGUGAUUUGACUGCUGA